UUCCCCCCCCCCCCCCCCCCCUCGGACCUCAACAUAUCCAUCUUUGAUCAUUUCUUCCUCCUUUUUCCUGAUUUCUAUUCUCCGCCUGUCGUUGAUUCAAUUAUGGAGACGCUUCCGUGAGCACGUGACUCUAUGGCCUAGCCUAGCCUGGCCUGGACAUAUCUCGAUGCAUGCAUACAGACAGACAGGCCCGCAUUGCUUCAAGCAGCAUCGGAGGAGUUCAUUACUUGUUCUUUGUUCUUUGUUUACUUUUUGACCUCUUUCUGUAUUCGUCCGCUUCUCCUUGUCUUUUGGGGAUAACAUCUUCACUGUGUGAGGUUGUAAGGAAAGGGAGGCUAUACUGCCGUUUUUUUUAUAUCCUUUAUUUUCUCGUCUUGCUCCUUUGCUAUCGCCAUUCUUUUGUUCUUUUCUUCCUCGUCUCUUACGCGUAUAUGUCGUAGUUGUGUUACUGUCCGUCUUUUUCUUUCUGCUUUGCUCUGCUGCAUGGGAUGGGCUUGGGUGGUUUGGGAAUAUCCAGGGUGCGUGCUCGGUUGGGCUUUGGGACUGUUGGCUGAUCGAUUAUGGAUUUCUUAUUCCCGCUGGGGCAAGCAGGUUGCUGAAGGUCUGCCUUGCCUGGGUGGGUGGCUGCUGAGGUAGUUGACUGACCGACUACCUUGUCUGGGGAGGAUUUCUUUUUCUCUGUCCUUGAGCACAGUUAGCAUAAUAUUAUCAAGGUGUUUUUGUUGCCAUUCUUUAUAUGUUUAUGUGUGAGUGAGUCCC